ACAUACAAGUAGACACAGCAUAGUCAAUGUUAUUAAGCUUUGAAUAGUUGAAUAUGGAAGAAAGGUGUUGAGCCAAGAAGGGAUGAAUUAGAAAGAAGCAGCAGCAACUUUUCUCGAUCAACACCUGUCAAAUGCAAGCACACUCUCUUUCUUAAUUAUUUUCUGUUACUUUCUUCUUCUCACCACUACCCUUCCUUGGCGCUCCUCGAUUAAAAAAAAGAAGGAAAAAAGAAAACAUUCCCUGGCGCUAUUCAAAGGGAUUUUGAGUGUUAUCUGAAUUGCUGGAGGCCUGAGAGUGCAAAUUAUCUCCACAACCGAUGGAUAAAGAUGCCAGGGUGGAAGAGACUGUUGAUUUGCGAACCAAUGUGGAGUUAGUGAGAUCAGUCUCUGAUAAGCACCAUGAUCUUUUAAGGCCAUCUGCUCGGAACUAUUCAAGAGGACAAGCAACAGAUGCAGGUGGCCGUGGAAAGGGAAAGUAUGCCUUAAUUAAAGACCCAGAGGACUUCCAAACUGGAAUUUAUGAUAAGCCCCUUCCAUUUUAUGGAUGUGGAAUCGGAUGGUUCUCAUUUCUUUUUGGAUUUCUGUGUCCUCCCAUGUGGUUCUAUGCUACAAUUCUCUAUUUUGGAAAUCACUAUAGGAAGGAUCCUAGGGAACGAGCAGGGCUGGGAGCCUCUGCAAUUGCUGCAUUGGUGUGCUCUGUAGUGUUACUGAUGAUUUUUGGAGUAAUUCUUGUGUUUAAAUUGCGGUUCCUGUAUUUAUAAUUCAUGAGCAAAGGUGAGAAAUAGAGAAGCAAAAGCAUUUGGAAGCAAUUCUGGCGUGAUAUUAGAAACAAUUGGACAUAUGAUGUAUAUAAGAACUUCAAAUAGAUGGAAAAAAAAGCCUGCAUAUUGUUUGUGAAGUAAUUCACAGCAAGAAAUCUGUGGGCUAUACCAUAAGUUGAGAAAA